CGAUGACAUCUGGCUCCCUUAGAACUACAUAUCCCGUCGGCCAUCGCGAGAAGGGCGGAAGUAAUCAAAGCGCCUCGGUGGUCAGUCGAUUGUCGUGAUAAGAGACCUGCGGUUGAGGUGUUGCGCGGCAGGAGCGCGGGCGUGAAAUGUUCACCCGCGGCGCGGGCCGGGGGUUCGGCCGCCUCUGGCUGGGUCAGCUUCGAGCGGGGCCGGGCGCUGUCCGGACUACACUGUCCGACUCGGGCGCGGGCGGGCGGCGACCGGGAUCCGAACCCCAGGUGCCUCGGCCGGGAUCCGCGCGCCGGCGCGCCGCGAAGGAGUGGGCGCUGCGCGUGAGCCCGUUCGGGCGGCUGCGGCUGCGGCUUCCGUGCCGCGUGGCCGUGAGGGCCCUGGACCCGCUGUGCCACCCUGACGGCGACCGCGUGCUCGUCGCGGCGUGCGACGCGGAGGGCGGCCCGCGGGGCCUGGCCAGCCUGCAGGUGACCCACGACGAAGCGCUGCGCGAGACGACCAUCGAGGCCGACGGCCUGGACCCCGGGGCCUCGGUGGAGGUGGACGCGCCGCUGAGGUUUGAUUUGAAUAUCAAGUCUUCAGGGUCGAGCUGUGUUAGAGUUCAAAAUAUGGAGUGUGAUGAUUGCAAAAUUGAAAUCGAGCAGGGUACGAGCUUCUUACAGUCUGUUAAGAGUAAAAAAAUACAUGUUCAAACAAAAGGAGGCAACGUGAUCUGUGUGGGAACAGUUUACGGGAAUAUAGAUAUUCGCACAUCACAUCAAAGCUCUGUAACCAUCGAUAAACUUCAGGGAAGUCGUGUUCACAUAGCUACCGAAGAUGGUUUGCUGGAAGCCAAGUACCUGUAUACGGAGUCAUCGCUUCUGUCUUCUGCAGCUGGGGAUAUUAUGUUAGGAAGUGUGCAUGGUGAUAUAAUACUACAAAGUGAGACGGGGAACAUCACAGUAGAUUCAUCUGCAGGGUGUCUAAAAGCCUCAACGCAUCAGGGUGCCAUAGAUGUUUAUGUCAGCCAGCUGGGGAACGUGGAGUUGAAGUCUGACAAAGGCUCUGUGACGGUGAAGGUGCCAGCCUCUCUUCAAGCAUCCUUACAGCUGUCAGGAAAGGAGGUUGACGUGAGCCCAGAAGUCCGCAUCCAGGACAUGGCCAGAGUGCACCAAGGGGAUGGUGUGACAGUGACUGGGCUCAUGAAUCCAACAAGAGAACAAGAAAACUGGAUUCGUGCUGCUGCCCCAGAAGGCACUGUAAGUUUUAGAAGCCAAACCUGGUUUCAGUCCCUGAAGCGACAGAACUGAGAAGAGUUUAAGUCGUGUCUGCUCUUUAACAGUGAUCAGCAGGUAUGUGACCACACCAGUGCAGGCUCCACUGUUGGUACGUAACUAUUGAAAACAACAUCGGGCAUGAAUACAGGCGGACUGCUUGGGGAAGACUUUCAAAAUUUGAAUUUAGCUAUUGUAUGCAUGUCCUAUUGCUCUGUAGGAAAAUACAGUAGUUCUCCCUGAUGUUGGGGGGAUGUUCAAGACUCCAGCGGAUGCCCAGAUCCACAGACGGUACACACCCCACCUAUAACACCUUUCCCUGUAAAUUCAAACACCAAUUAUAUGUCUUUCCAUCUCAAGUGAGCACUUGUGCACCUUUGCCAAUUGAGGUGUAGUGAGAAAACCAGCGUAAGUUCUUUUUCGGUCACAAUUUCACAGUUAAAGCAUUCGUGCUCAUCACGGAUUGUAGCAACAUCAGUGAAUGAUUUUUUUCUCUCUCUGUACUGAGCAAGAACUCUCACCUUGUCACAUCAGAGAAGUGCUUUUCUGUGUGUCCAAGCCCAGCGUCACUACUCCAGGCCCCAAGGGUGCCACUUUCAAUCAAGCCCUGGGGUGAGACUUAGGCAGCUGUAUAGGAAGCUCACAAAUUAUGUAUUUCUGGAGCUUUCAUCAGCUGCAGGUAAUCGAUAGUGUGGAAGGUAAAGCCUUUGAGAAGCAGGGACCCCUGUGUCACAGAUGAAUGGCUGAAAGCAAAUACUCAGCUGGUCCCCUCUGCGCAGGUUACGAGCUCAGGAUUUUGUGCUGCGGUCCACGGCUCGAGUCCAGGUCUGGCUCACCUGGGCGGAGUGCUCACCUGGAGGCUCGGGGAGAAACCUGCUCCCACAUUCACUCAGAUUAUAGCAAAUUCCAGUUCCUCAGGACCAUGGGACAGCUGGGUGUCGGCUCGCAAUGGUGCUGAGGUUCUGGAGCCCCUCCAGCCCCGUCCCAUGUGGCCCCUCUGUCUUCCAGCCUGCUGGAAGGUCCUUGUUGACUCCUUCCAAAGCUGGGGGCAUCUGGGCUUGACAGCACCUACUUGACUAGGCCAGGUCCCUCCAGGAGGCACCUGUUUUACUGCGUGAGGCGCUCCCUUGGCGACUCAUUUUCCCCAGCUGCUUCCCUCAGGGCGCAGCCUGACCCCAGAGCAGGGCCGGGACAGCAGAGCACUUGAGUUGUGUAUGUUUUGGCCCUCAUGUGACACAUUGCCUACCUACUAGCCCUUGUGGCAUCACUGUAAGUGGGAAUUGUGAAUAAAGCACUUAAAAAUGUAAAGCAGUUAUGAUGGUUAAUAACUUUUGUGUAAUUUAAGAUGUAUGUUGUUAUAGGGAAGAAACUGGCAGUUUAUUUCCAGAUAUAUAGAUUUUCACUAUAUAAUGGUUUGCUGUAGAUGUUGUAUUUCAAACUUUUUCUACCCCUGGACACUUUUAAUUAUAUAAUACUGAACAGACCUAUCUACUGAAUUGUAUUUUUAUGAUUAGAAGUCAGUUC